AUGUCUCUCAACGACACCAAAGCACCCCACAUCCAGCUCGCUAUCAAGGAUCACUUUGAUGCUCUGUCCGACACUGAGAAGAAGUACGCCCACCACUUCUCUCGAGCCUCACAUCUCGGAACCAGAGUUGUACUCAGACAGGUUUCGCCCGAGUCCGAGGACAUCUACAACCUGAUUCUGGCCAUCGCUGAGGCUGUCAAUCAGGACUACUCCAAGCUCGAGUCGGAGUCAGUGUCCAAGGAAGACGUUCGAUCCUUCCUGGAGUACUCGUCCCAGUUCCUGUCCAACCUCGGAAACUUCAAGUCCUUUGGAGAUGCCAAGUUUGUUCCUCGACUGGAACGUGCCAAGUUCGCCACCAUUGCUGCCACCGCCGACCAGACCGCCAACUUCGACAAGGUGGCCGACGCCAUCUACUCCACCGACAAGACCCUGCUGGGCUUCCUGGACAAGGGCCACGUGACCGCGUACUACGGCGGCGACAUCACUGAAGACGAAAUCACAAAGAUCAACGACUUCUGCGCCUCUAAGACCAUCUACCCCGAAAACACCCGGGUGUGGAAGACUGGCCCCAAGCAAUUUGAGCUGCGAAUCGCCUCGGCUGAUACCGGCAUCGCCCAGGAUACCCAGUUCGAUCCCUCCUACGAGAUUCCCGAUGUUGGAACCCUCAAGCUGGCCUACGGAGACUCCAAGAACGAGUUUGCCCAGAUCUCCGAGGAGAUGGCUGCUGCUGGAAAGAACGCUGCCAAUCACGUUCAGGAGCAGAUGAUCGCCGCCUACGUUGACUCCUUCAAGACUGGCUCCAUGGCUGCUCACCGAGAGUCCCAGAAGUUCUGGGUCAAGGACCUGGGUCCGGCUGUUGAGACCAACAUUGGUUUCAUCGAGACCUACCGAGACCCCGCUGGUGUGCGAGGCGAAUGGGAGGGUCUUGUGGCUGUCGUCAACAAGGAGCGAACCAAGAAGUUUGGCGCUCUCGUUGAGGGGGCCAAGGAGUACGUUUCCCAGCUGCCCUGGGACGCCGAGUUCGAGAAGGACGUUUUCACUCCUCCGGAUUUCCUGUCUCUGGAGGUUCUCACUUUCGCCGGUUCAGGUAUUCCCGCCGGAAUCAACAUUCCUAACUACGAUGAUAUCCGUCUGACUGUUGGUUUUAAGAACGUGUCUCUGGGCAACAUUCUGUCGUCCAAGUCCAGCAACGAGAAGAUCACCUUCCUUAAGGAUGAGGACCUGCCUCUGUUUGAGCAGCUCAAGGGUCCCGCCUUUGAGGUCCAGGUCGGUAUCCACGAGCUUCUGGGCCAUGGUACCGGUAAGCUGCUUUCUCAGGAGCGAGACGGCACUUUCAACUACGACAACGCCAACCCUCCCAUCGACCCCAACACCGGUGAGAAAAUCACCACCUACUACAAGGCCGGCGAGACCUGGGGCAGCGUGUUUGGUGCCAUGGCCGGCUCCUACGAGGAGUGCCGAGCCGAGUGUGUGGCCAUGUACCUGCUCACCAACAAGAAGCUGCUGGAGAUCUUUGGUCAUACCGGACAGGAGGCCGAUGAUGUCAUCUACAUUGGCUACCUGCUCAUGGCUCGUGCCGGUCUGCUGGCCCUUGAGUUCUGGGACCCUGCUACCCGAAAGUGGGGCCAGCCUCAUAUGCAGGCACGAUACUCCAUUAUGCGAAGCUUCGUUGAUUGCGGCGCCGUGGAGCUCAAGUCCACCAAGCCCGACUUCUCGGAUCUGACCAUUGUGCUUGAUCGAUCUAAGAUCCCCGCUGCCCAGAAGGCCGUGGGCGAGUACCUCAACAAGCUGCAUAUCUACAAGUGCUCCGCCGACUUUGAGAAGGGCUCUGCUCUGUACAACGCCACCACCAACGUCUCCGAGGAGAUGGCUGCAUACCGGGAGAUAGUUAUGGACUCGAAGCAGCCCCGACGAAUCUUUGUGCAGCCCAACACUGUGCUGAGGGAAGGCAAGGUCGAGCUGGUUGAGUAUGAGGCCUCCGAGGAGGGCAACAUCAAGUCUUUCCUUGAGCGCCGUGUCUAA